AAAAGUUUUUAUUUAUUUUGUGGGUAAUUUUUGCUCCAAUUUUUGGUAAAUUCUGAAAUGGGUAUCCCUCAAUAUAUAGUGGAUAUGGAGAAUUUUGAAGUUUUGGGAUGCUCUUGAUUGAAAUAUGCACUCUCUCUGUAUUUUUUUUAAAAUUUUUUUGGAUUUUGUACUUUAUUUCUGCUUAUUUGAUGUGACUAUGUGAAACUUUGAUGUGUAUGUGAGAAUCCAAUUUCAAUAAAAAGAUGCUUGGUUUUUCCUGCUGUUUUCUCCUUAGAUUUGCCAACAAAUGUUUGUGCUCUCAUUUUCUUCUUAUUAUGUCAAGAAUUUGCUUACUUUUGGUGAGGGAGGAUGUGAUCCUGGUAUCUUUUCAUUACAGGAAAAAAAGGUUUAAAGAGCAUCCAAGGUUUAAAGAGCUAUAGAUUAUUAGCCUUUUCGCUGCUUCGAGAUGCAAACUGCGAUAUGCUUCAAGCCUACUGGAGGAAUUGGGCAGUUUUCCGUUCCCCAGCAAUCCCCGGCUACUCUGGCCCCCUGGUGGAUCGGAAACCGAUCGUUUUAUGGAGAAUCUUGUGGCCAAUCAAAAUUAUUUACCGGUGCUAUCGACACAAGGUCAGGGCAAGAGCAGAAUAUAUUGGAGAAAGAGGGUGGUGAUACUGCUAGGUUUUCAAUAAUUCAAGACAACAAGGUUUCUGGAAAAGAUGAGAAAGUCCAGCAACAUCCUGCCGCUCUCUCUCCACAGUCUCCGUUUGAAUACCAAGGACAUUUUGAACUGGGUCUUGGUCGGAAUAUGGCUUGUUCGAAUUACCCUUACUUUGAUCAGUGCUAUGGCCUGUAUGCAACUUAUGGAGCUCAGGCAGCGCAUGGGAGGAUGCUUCUGCCAUUGAACAUAACAGCCAAUGUACCAAUAUAUGUGAACGCGAAGCAAUACCAUGGAAUUGUUCGGCGUAGACAGGCACGUGCUAAAGCAGAAAUGGAGAACAAACUGAUCAAAAUCAGGAAGCCGUAUCUUCACGAGUCCCGCCACCGUCACGCAAUGCGUCGGCAAAGGGGAAGCGGUGGCCGCUUCUUGAACACGAAGAAGGAUGGCAAAGCGCAAUGUGCAAAUACCGCUGACAGCGGAAAUCUCAACUCAACAAGUAGCGGUUGGAGCAUCAACGGGUCAGAAGUAACAAGCAUUUGCUUUCAAAAUGACUCUGAUCACUUAAACACUUCAUAUCACGGUAUCACAACUAAGUGGGGUUUCCCCAAAGUUUGAUACCCCCCAAAGUUUGAUAGCAGGCUCGGGGGAUGACCAGUGAUUGUGCUAUUUGCUUUUAUUUUCCUGAGGGCAAAUAUCAUAAUUUCCUGGGAAUCCUCGAGCCUGGGACAACCAGAUGGAGGAAUGAGCUAUAUGCUAUCAUCUGGUUGUUUGUAAGGCAAAUCAUCCUUGGCUUAUCUGCAUUCUGAUCCUUCGUCAUUGCGAUGUUCGAAAGUUCUUUGUGCAGGAAAAAAAAAAAAACUAGAUAUCACUAGGUUUUUGACCUGUAAGUAGUGUUAUGAGAAUAAGAAUCGGAACUUUGUGAUUGUGUGCGUAAGAAUUGAUGGAUUUGGGCUUUGUUUGUUUUUGUGCUAAGUAUGCAAAGUUUAGUCCUAAGAUAGGUAUUGUAAUUGUAUUUGAUGCGAGUUUCUUGUGUUAGUACUUGUGCUGUUUUCUAACAAUAGCAAGAUUGUGAAUUUUUAGAGUGUCAAGUCUGUGAAAAUUGAAGUAUCUUAUCAGGAGUAUGUAUGCCUUGUUUUCCCUGUUAUGGUGAAUGAAUUGUAAUAGUUUAUUC